CCCAACCUACGCUGUUCUUAUCUUUUUACUUCCGCAUUUCCUUUCAUUCCCCUAAUUCUUCGCGUCGCACUCCUCUCGUCGCCGGCCGCCGACAUUCUCAUAUUCCGGUCAUCAGCCGGACUUUUUGCCUGAUUAUUCGCCAGAUCUCCGCGACAUUCGUCGCCAAUCUAUCACAUCCCAUUUCUAGGAUAACGCAUAUUUUCAGUUCUGGUUUCGCCUCCCUAAUCCUGGAGAGAUGGAAGCUUUCUGAUGAAUUUGUAUCAAUGCUUCAACGAAGUUAGAAACUUCACUCUAUUUCUAGGAGGGUUAUUUUUCGUUCGGUCGUUCCAUUAACGCGGUCCGGGGAAAAGGAUAAGGAUUCUUUAUUUUCUUUUAGGAAGUCAUCUCGGUCAGAUUUAAGAUUUUCUUUUCUAAACGGCAUCUCUUGAAAUCUGGAAACCGAUACCAUUAUCGGUUGAAGUUUUGGAUCAAUUACGGAAAGUCUUCGAUCCCACAUUAUUCGAGAACACGCAAUUUGAUUCUAAAUUUAGGGGUGAGAUUUUGAAGAAUGCAAUAUCGGGAAUUACAGAGAAGAGGUUAAAUGUGUGUGGAUUGAUGUGCAGAGGAGAGGUGGAGGAGAGUGAAGUAGCGAGAGAAGAACAAGCGGGCAGCGGCAAUGGGGAUGAAGACGGCGACCAAAUUUGGGGAUAGUCGGGUGGAGAAGCUCAAGGGCUCGGUGUUUUCAUCUCAUUCAAGAACGAAGCUGUGGAUGAUAAGGGCAACUACGUCGGUUCUGUUGUGGACUUGCUUUGUUCAAUUGACGACUUUGGGGGAGACUUGGGGUCCAAGGGUUUUGAAGGGCUGGCCGUCCUGUUUCUCCCAGGAAUCCUCUUCAAUGCAUCUCAGUGCGGAUCGAGAAGUUCCUGCUAGAGUCCUCCCACCUAAGAGGCUUUAUAAGAACAAUGGUUAUUUGAUGGUUUCGUGUAACGGAGGCCUUAAUCAAAUGAGGUCAGCGAUAUGUGAUAUGGUUGCUAUUGCAAGACAUUUGAACGUCACACUCAUUGUUCCUGAGCUUGAUAAGACCUCUUUCUGGGCUGAUCCAAGUGAGUUUCAAGAUAUAUUUGAUGUUGAUCAUUUCAUCACAUCCUUGAGAGAUGAGGUCCGGAUUUUAAAAGAGCUACCUCCAAGGCUCAAGAGGAGAGUGGAGCUAGGAAUAAUAUUUACAAUGCCGCCUGUCAGCUGGUCUGACAUUUCUUACUAUCAAAAUCAGAUUCUACCAUUAGUACGGAAAUACAAAGUGGUGCACUUGAAUAGAACGGACGCUCGUCUUGCAAACAACGGUCAGCCAUUGGAAAUCCAGAGACUGCGUUGCCGUGUAAAUUUUAGUGCCCUGAAAUUUACACCACAGAUUGAAGAGUUGGGAAGAAGGGUUAUCAGCCUUCUAAGGGAAAAAGGACCUUUCAUUGUACUGCAUCUUAGAUAUGAAAUGGACAUGUUGGCUUUCUCUGGUUGCACCCAGGGAUGCAACAACGAGGAGGUUGAAGAGUUGACAAGAAUGAGGUAUGCUUAUCCAUGGUGGAAGGAGAAGAUAAUCAAUUCAGAUUUAAAAAGAAAAGAUGGCUUAUGCCCAUUGACUCCCGAGGAAACAGCUCUUACUUUAAAAGCAUUAGACAUUGAUUCCAACAUCCAAGUGUACAUUGCUGCUGGAGAAAUAUAUGGUGGAGAAAGAAGAAUGGCUAGCCUUACUACAUCUUACCCGAAUCUGGUUAGAAAGGAGACGCUUUUAGAGGCUGCUGAUCUUAGAUUCUUUCAAAAUCACUCUUCACAGAUGGCAGCCCUGGAUUACCUCGUUUCCCUGGAAAGUGAUGUUUUUGUUCCUACAUAUGAUGGAAACAUGGCUAAAGUCGUUGAAGGCCACCGCAGACAUCUUGGAUACAAGAAGACAAUCCUUUUGGACAGAAAGGUUCUGGUUGAUUUGAUAGACAAGUAUGAUGCAGGGUCACUAACAUGGGAUGAGUUCUCCAAUGCUGUCAAGGAGGCUCACACCAGACGGAUGGGUAGCCCGACCCGGCGGUUGGUCAUCCCGGACCGACCAAAAGAGGAGGACUAUUUCUACGCCAACCCCUGGGAGUGUUUGGUCCCAUCAAACCCCAAUGUACCAGAAAUUAGUAGCACUUAAAGGUGGUGAUGGACCCACAUGCGUUUCAAGUACAAUACCUUUGCGCCUCUGCAACAGGUUUAAGGAAGGUUUGGCCUCUACCCUUCCCUCCCCCACCCACCCCCCGCCUUAUACACUGAGAAAGCAGGACUUUGCUGAGAGGCUGGAGACAGCUUACUUAAAAGUCAUUGAAGGGGGGUCUCCCAUGGCAGAUGGAAUAUGUUUUAAAUUUAAUAAACCGAAGAUUUGAUGUAUAGAAGCCCUGCCAUUGCAGGGAUAUAUUGACUGAACGGCUGUGUGUAUACACAGAUAAAAAUACUCCAUAUAUAGAUCUGUUUUCUCAGAACCAUCCCUUUAGAUUUUUUUUAAGGUAACCAUCCCAAAAGUUCUUUUUCUUUUUAAAUAUUUACAUUUGUCCA